UGACGGGGGGUUUCCUUUGCUCUCUUACCCCGCGUCGCCAGUUGCAGAUGUUGAAGAAGAUGUCACACUUCACCCUCCAACACCGCCAUCACUUUCGGUUGAGGAGGGGUUGGGUGGGGUCAGCGGACCGCUGCCCAUGGUAGGGCAGCCGAUCGGGGCUGCGCCGCUGCCCUCGCUGCUGAUGGGGCAGCCAGGGACGCUCGGGGAACAGUCCAUCGGGGCUGGUCCGCUACCCGCGGGGCUGCCUGAGCGGCCGGCCACGCACGCCUUGCUGUUGGAGGGGCAGCAGACCAUCGGCGGGGGUACUGGACCAUUGCCACCGCCAGCAGCCGAGGAUGAGGUGGCAGCUAUGGGGAAGGCCACUGCUCCUGCGUUUACCAAACUCCGCCGAAGUAGCAGGAAUGUGGGAAAGGCGGAUGAGCACACCCUACACAAGGUAGAACGAUUGGCGUUGAAAAAGAACCUUGAAUCUUCAGGUUAUUUUCAGGGGAGCUUAUUGACUACGCUUCUGGGCCCAGUUGCAGCGUGAUGAGCAGGCCAAGGACACCCUCGUUGAGAUGAGCAAGAAAUUAGAGAUGAUUGCUUUAGAAAUUACCAAUAGAGGGUGGAAGCAUUUUUUACGUUUGCUUUAGAUCUCUUGUCUAUGUUAAAGACUAUCGGCUUGCUGUUUAUUUUUUCGAACUCUGUAUUACUUGGCUGGGUACAUCCUCGGAUGUAGAGGCCGGAUUUUAUUAUCCAUUAUCUAAAAAAAAUAACCUUGACGUUGCCUUUA